AUGGUCAACUGGGUUCCCUUUGUCGCCGUACCGGCCGUGGCCGUGCUCGGUUUCGUUCUCAGGGCCACUUGGCCAAUGGCCCAGCAGCUACCCAAGGCCACCGUGGUCGAGACGUCAAAGCAACUGAACGAGCACAUCUGCUCCAUCCACCACAGGGUCCAAGCAUACACCAUGUCAUCUGAGGUGCAAACGCUAUACGAGUUUAUCGGCGUCACCAACCCAUCACCGUCAACAUCUAGUGCAAUUGUUGAACAGAGGCUCUGGAAAGCCUGGGCUACAUACGUCAACAAGAACAAGGCCAGAUCAAGCGCAGCUAUUACCGAGAAGGACAUACUUGUUGUGGCCAUUAUCAAACUGCUCCUGACGGAUCCCCAGGCGCGUGCCCACUACAAUGAGAUGGUUCUAGAGCCUUUGCUUCAGGCUUCGGAUCGGCCAGUCUCUUUGAGAUCCAUCUGCGGCCGGCACUGGGAGGCUCUCGUCAAAAACGGACACAGACGGUGA